AUGUCUUUCCCUUCAUCGCCCGUCUCCCCAGUGGACGAAAAGUCCCUCAAAGACCUUCCAAGUGGUUCCGAUGCGACCGUAAACAAUACCGACUCAGGUCGUCUUCAUGCCCUGGAACAGCUAGAGGUCCUCCCUAAGAUGCUCCAGGAGGGUAUCCUCUUCGCAGGAUCUGGUGCAACGUUGUUAUUGCAAGCUGCCAUGCCCGGAAUCCGUGAUGCAGGCCCGAACAAUGGUGGCCACAAGGAGCUAGCCACCGAGCUUAUCGACGCUCUUCAGGCCAAUAUCAGCUACAUUUCCUGCUUGGUCUUCGGUACCCGUGAUGAACGCAAGGUUCUCAUCAGUCUCCUGAGAGACGGUAAACCGCCCCUACUAGGUGGCGGUCGCUCGAAUCGUUUUGCUGAGCAUCCACCACUGCAGUUGUGGAUGGCGGCGACACUGUACGCAACUGCGACCGAUUUCUACCAGCGUGUCUAUGGCCGCGUGGACUACGCCAGUGCUGAGCGUGCAUACAGCGAAUAUGCUUUGCUUAUGAACUGCCUGGGUGUUCCCACCGGUACCUGGCCAGACUCCCGCCAGGCAUUUUGGGCUUACUGGGAUGAUCAGGUCCCCCGAUUGACUGUUUCGGAGGAUGCGGCUUUGUUUGCUAAGGAUCUUCGAGAGAGUAACGAUAUGCCACGCUGGGUACAGACCUUGAAGCCAUUCUUACGUGUUACUACGACUGAGAUGUUGCCCCCGCGUCUGCGUGAUGCCUACGGUUUGCGCUCGACUAUUAGCACUCGGGCCCUUUACCGAACCUGGAUGGGCUUCUCGGUCGCUCUUUAUCCAGCAAUGCCUGAUAAGUGGCGAGCAUACCCUUUGAAAUUCUACCAGGAUCGGCUUAAAGAGAAGAUGAAUGUGAUUUAA